UAUUUGCCGUGUUGCCAUGAAAUUGAAAAAUCUCUCCCUCCCGAUUCCCUUCUCCGUACUCGUUAAUCUUCUUCGACGCCCACCCUUCUUCUCCUCACUGAAAAUUGAAAAUCCCUAGAUCCCCAAAUCCAUGGAGCGGCAGAAGCGCACGGUGGUUUGCCCGGAGAACGAAGAGCUUGCGACGUACAUGCUGAGCAAGUGGCAGGAAAUGGCCGAUCAAAGGCCCAAGGGCAUUUCCGAGAACAUCGAAAUGACUCUUUCCAAGGCUUACGCCAACCUCUGCAAAUCCAAGAACCCUAUUAAAACCCUCAAAGAUUUUUCCCAAAUCAAGGGCAUAGGGAAGUGGAUUUUGAAGCUUAUGAAAGGAUUUUUUGAUACUGCUUCAGACAAUUCUGAACCAGAAGACAUAACUAAAAAGGGUAAGAGAACCAAAGGAAGCAGACGUUAUGUUCCACAAAAGAAUUCUGUAUCGUAUGCAUUGUUGAUCACACUUUACAGGGGAAUUGAAAGUGGGAAUGAAUUUAUGCGUAAACAGGAGCUUAUUGAUGCUGCUGAAGCAAGUGGACUUUCUCGUGUGCCAAUUAUGCCAGAGAAGGGAAAGGGAAAACCUGGACACUUUGCAACUUCUGCAAGGGAAUGGUAUAGUGGAUGGUCCUGCAUGACGACAUUAAUAAACAAGGGACUGGUUGUGAAAUCAAGUAACCCAGCAAAGUACAUGCUUACUCCAGAAGGUAAGGAAACUGCAAGUGAAUGUCUCAUGAGGUCUGGUAUGGAAAAACCUGUAGGAAAGACUUCUCAUGCCACAGGGCUUUCUGGAAAUGGGGACAAUAUUUCACAUCAGGAGCUUGCUCAUUAUGACUCAGCCACUUUGGCGACAUUGGUCUCCACUAAUUUGAGUACAAAGGAGAAAUCCUUUGAUAUUCCACAGGAAUACCUUGACAAGUAUAUGUGCAUGGGGUAUUCUAGAGAACAAAUUGUUCAAGCUUUUACUGAAGUUUCGGAAACUUCCAAUGACAAGGAAAUGUCUUCACUAUGGCCAUCUGUUCUGUGUCGUCUUCGAGAAGAUGAAGUUUAUGGUUUGCAUUUGAAGUCUCAAACUUUGAGGGAAGAUCUUUGUCCAGCAUCAGUCACUCAUGUGGUUGCAAAUGGUCUUAGAGAUUUUGUAGCGAGUGAGAAUAGACUUGCCAAAUUUUCUCUCGAUGGUGGACAUGUGCCAAAAAUUAAUUCGGAUGAGUCAUUACCAAAAUCUUUUACGCUUAGAGCUUGUUCUUCCACGAGUCAUUCUGUGCCAAAGUCAUGUUCGAAUGGAUUGGAAGCAAGUUCGAAUGUUUUAUCUAUACCACCGCUAAGCUUUGGUGAGAGAUUUGAGGAAGCAUAUGAAGUAAUCUUGGUACUGGAUGAUCGGGAGCAAUUUGCCACUCAGGGAUCGCGAUCUAGGAGACUUAUCGAGAACGUUCGUACUCAAUUCAAAAUAAAAAUAGAGGUUAGGAGGUUACCAGUUGGAGAUGGAAUCUGGAUAGCUCGUCAUAAACAACUCGAGAGUGAAUAUGUACUUGAUUUUAUUGUUGAGAGGAAGAAUGUUGAUGAUUUGCGCUGUUCAAUCAGAGAUAACCGUUACAGGGAUCAGAAAUUGAGACUUUUGAGGUGUGGACUCAAGAAACUGAUAUAUCUUGUGGAAGGUGAUCCAAAUACUUCUGAAGCAGCAGAAAGCAUUAAAACAGCCUGUUUCACAACUGAGAUUUUGGAGGGAUUUGACGUCCAGAGAACCAUUGGCUUGGCUGAUACAUUGAAGAAGUAUGUUUAUCUAACUCAAGCAAUAGCUCAGUAUUACAAAUCAGAGUUCUCCGAGGAACAAUGCAAACACGCUGGGGUUUGUCCUCCUUUUGAUGAAUUUAUUAGAAGGUGCCAAGACUUGGAUAAAAUGACAGUCAGCGACGUUUUUGCCGUUCAGCUCAUGCAGGUCCCACAGGUAACUGAGGAAGUCGCCAUAGCUGUUCUGGAUAUGUACCCGACACUUUUAUCUCUUGCUCGUGCCUACUCUUUACUUGAGGGUGAUUUACGUGCACAAGAGGGGAUGCUUAGAACACAGAGUAACAAUGCCGUCAAUGCGAGCGCUAGUAAGAAUAUAUUUCAAUUGGUUUGGGGCGAAUGAUCGUUGUGUAUCUUCAAUUGUGAGAGGAAACAAAAAUGAUUGAUUAGUGAUAUUGUAUUCUACUACUCUUGCAGCGUAAAUAAGACGGACAGUUUAUCGUUAUAAAAUAGUUAGCUUGCUUGUAUUA